AUUCCCUCCCUCGGAUUUCUCCCUCCCCUUUACUGUAAUCUCCUAAGAAGUUCUCUCUUAAUUAAAUCAGAACAAACAAUAAUAAUGGUUUCUCAGUCUUCUGUGUUCUCGGGCACUGAAGGCAAUUAUCUUCUGCCUCAUCAUCUCACGGAGACUGAUCGUCUUCAACGCCAGCAUCGACAUUUCGCUGCGGCCUCUGAUAAUGUCUAUUUUGGGUUCCCUCUGCCACCGUUAAGGGAUCGUCCGCUGCGAAUCCUCGACAGUGGAUGUGCUGAUGGGGUCUGGUUGCGUGACAUGGUCCAGCAGUAUCCGGACCAUUCUUUUGCUCUUUACGGCGUGGACAUCGCCUCGCAGUUAUUCCCCAAGAAUGUAAUCCAUGAUCUCCGCUACCACGACAUCCGGCUUCCUUUCCCUGAUUCCUGGGGCUGGGAAGACUCGUUCGACAUUGUUCAUCAGCGGUUGCUCGUAUGGGCCCUGAAAAAGCACGAGUGGCGGCCGGUCAUAGGACACUUGAAGAAAUUAUUGAAGCCCGGCGGCACCAUCCAGCUGACCGAGUGUCAAUGGCUUCGUCCAGAGAACUGGGAUACCCACCCGGAGCAGCAUCUACUGGGUUUAACGCAGAUCUGGGCCACGGAAGGUUCCGGGUUCGACAUCCACCUCGCUGAUAAACUUGAGCCAAUGCUGAAGGAACUUGGGUUUGUCGACGUAACGACUGUUCGGUUUCCUCUACCAUACGGCGCCAAAGUAAAGGACCCAACUAACCGCGAUGUGUCGGCCGAGCUGUGGGUAGAGAGCUUCCAUCAUCUGGCGAGGCUGAUGGGAGAUGAUGGAAUCCCAGGGGUAGCGAAGACUCCAGAAGAAUAUUACGCCUUUCUAGGACGGCUGGUGGGGGAGAUGAAAGACAAGGGAUACGUACCAGAACUGCGAAUGGUGUGUGGUCGAAAGGUGUAGUUACAUGAAGAUUUCAAGAUGAAAACUAAAACCAGCGAUGUACCAGUUUUCUCCGAAUGUAUGUAUUUAUGAGCUGCUGGGAUUGGACGAACUUUUCUCCUAAGAACCAACGAUCUCCGAUAGACCAUCUUGAUCCGAAGCUCCACUUUGUCUACACAUACUGUACUAUCAUUCUGGAUGUACCACGUAUUGGAUUUUCCUACUUUGGCUAUCUUAUAGAUACAUACUACUCCCUGUGUACCCUCUGUACAGGGUGGGGUCGUAAAA